AUUAAAUCGAGUUGGCAAUAAAAAAAGGUAGCAGUGACAGUUUGGGAAAAUCUAGAAAAUGGCGUUUAGAUCAGCUGUGCAAAAUUCGCUCGCGAAGAGAAAUUGGGGUGGAUACCGCGGAUUCAUGAGGAGGACUAAGAAGGAAGAUGUGCCAGCGGAAUGCGCGAAUGAGUCAUGCCCGAAACCUGCGAAGGGGUUUUGGGGAUCGCUCAUGUCGAAGAAGAAGAAGAAGGAAAGAAUGGUUCCGGACAAGGGGAGCUGCCGCUUGGAGCAGGGUCGGGGCAAGCCUGAUCCGGACCUGAGCCAGUUUGGUGGAACCGCCUACAGGACCUGCGGGGAGGCUUACGUGGUCGAAAAAGACAAUCUUCCAUCAGAGCAGUGGGUCAAAUCCAAAGAGGACAUGCUCGUCCAAGGCAUCGAGGCGAACUUGGACUCGAAAGACAACCACAUCGAUCCAUUACCCCACUUCACCAGCGUCGAACAGCGUCUGAUCGAGCUUUCCGACCGGAAACUCCAUCCCUCUUACAAACGGCACCUAAACGUCAACAAGAAGAGGAUGCUGGACUAUCCGCUGUCGUACACGUACAAGUGGCACACGGGACCGUGCGAACCGCUCGACAUCCCCAAGCACUUCAAGUACAACGAAGAGCUGCUGGAUCAGAAGAACAUCUACGCGCAUUACAAGAGGGUGGAGCCGCCGGAACAGCUCACAGCGCGUAUUAUCGAGAUGCGGCGCAAUCAAAAGCGCACCCUUGAACCGGCGCCCGCAGUUCCGACGGUGGACUCGCCGAUGGUGAAGAAGAACAGGAGCGUUUACGAUACUCUCUACCAGAAGAGUAUCAAAUUUUAGAUCCAAAUAAAUUUACUUUACCUCUUCGCGAUCAGUUGUAAUGCCUUUCUCCUGAUACAAAUUAACUUGGUGUAUCAAGAUCACAGGAACGUAUGAAGGUGUUCUCACUGACACAUUACAGAGGCGCCUGUUGAAUGAGAUUAACAGGAAUGUUUUUCUGCUGGGACCACUUCGGGAAUUAUCUUUUCAGUUCAGUAUUGAAAAUUAGGUUAUCAAGGUAACAGGAACACAUGAGCAGGGAGAUGGAAGGUUAUGUUCUCCUAAUAAACACU